AAGUAUCAGAAGUGGUUGAUGAAGGGCACACUUCUGGACAACCAAUUACAGCAUUACAGGCUGCCUGGAAUGUCACUAAUGCAAUUCAAGGAAUGUUUAUCGUCGGUUUACCUGUUGCUGUUAAAGUGGGUGGAUGGUGGACUGUUGCUGCAAUUGUUGGCGUUGCAUAUUUAUGCUAUUGGAGUGGAAUUUUACUCAUCGAUUGCUUAUAUGAAAAUGAUGUCAAAGUAAGAAGUACAUAUCAAGCGGUAGCAGAAGCAUAUCGUCCAGGAAUGGGUCGCUUUGUAUUAUGCGCUCAAUUAACAGAAUUACUUAGUACUUGUAUUAUUUAUAUUGUAAUUGCUGGAGAUUUACUUCAAAGUUGUAUACCCUCUCUUGAUAAAUCUGCAUUGAUGAUGUUUGUAACAACAGCACUUCUUGGUUGUGCUUUUUUGGAUUCAAUUCGAGUGGAUCCAAGCAAAUUUAAAUGGAUGCUUCGAUGGUCACAUAUUAUUGCAGCAAUUUUUAAAGCACUCUUCGGUCUUCUUGGCUUCUUAACAUUUGGCGAUUUUACUCAAAAGGAAAUUUCCAAUUCAUUACCAAAUCAAACAUUUAAGGUAAUAGUGAAUUUAGUAUUGGUUAUAAAAGCACUCUUUUCAUAUCCAUUACCAUAUUUUGCUGCUGUUCAUUUACUCAAAGAUAACUUAUUUAUGGGUACGCCAAAAACAUUAUUUACAAGCUGUUACGGUGCUGGCCAUAGUUUACGUGAAUGGGCACUUUGUUUACGGAUUAUUUUGGUACUAAUAACUCUGAUGAUGGCAAUGUCGGUACCAUAUUUAAUCGAAUUAAUGGGCCUUAUUGGUAAUAUCACUGGAACUAUGUUAAGUUUUAUUUGGCCGGCAAUGUUUCAUCUCAAAUUGAAAGGAGCACAUGCAAAAGAAAGUGAUCGAAAAUUUGAUAAAUUUAUUAUCGGUAUUGGCAUCUGCUUGAUGACUAUUGGACUCUAUUUUUCAGCACUCGAACUGAUACAAGCAAUUCGCUAUGAGGAACGGUAG